AUGUCGAUCCAAACUAGAGGCUUGAAAGAAGAAUACGUGCCACUCCGCGAGAUCAGAAGACCAAUCCCACCGGUGUUGGACUACCAAAAGAUCGACGCCAUGGUGUCCACGCUAAGUGGCGUUCCCAUGGCGUCCGCCACGUGCAAAAUCGAAGAUAUCACGGGAGGCGAGCUACCACCAAUUGACGUUUUCAAAGUGAGGGAGCAAGGCAAAAAUUACUAUUUUGCGUUUGGCGGUUGUCAUCGGUUCCAGGCUUAUGACCGAAUGAGUGCUAAAACUGGGGAGGACGUAGUUGUAAAGAGCCGGAUCUUGCCUGCGACGAGGAAAACUUUGAAGGUGUAUUUGGGGGCAUCUGUGGACCAGAUGUUUGAUGACAUCGAUAGCGAGAAAGAGAAGGACAACGAAUAG